AUGCCCACUCAAAAACAGCUGGUUCAGAUGUACAGCAAGGUUACCAUCUUGCAAAAGAUUGUAACACUUCAGCAUAUCUAUUCCUUAUACUUGGCAGCUCAACAAUCUAAGCCACCUCGUAAAUCAGUUUCUUUCAACAUAAUGCAACUACAAAAGAUGAUUAAUAAUAGCCCGUUAAUUAAUCCAAAUUUCGAUUUUCUAAAUAUGAAAGAAUCAUUAAAUAACAUGCGACAGAAGAAGCAGAAGGGAAAAGCCACAGAUUGCGUUCUUUCUGCAAUCCAGAUUGUUCAAGUUAUAGCGGAAACAUUAGCCAUACAGAGUAAGGAUGGGAAAAACGUUCCAAUAAUAUCACAAGUUCCUAAGACAACUGUUUUCAUGCUCUCUCCAAAAAUUACUAUAGGGUUCGUUAGAAAUAGACUUAUAAAGAUUCUGAAUAAUUAUAAGAGCAGUACUUUAAAAGAUAUCACAGCCUUAGAGAUGAAUUACAAGAGGAAAAAGAAGGAGAUAAGUUUAAUGGAAAAAGGAGAGGUUUCAGAUAAAGAUCUAAGGGAGGAAUUUAUGAGGAAUUUGAGACAUUCAAAGGAAAUAGAAGAACAACAGAAUGCUGCAAAAUACACUAAUAAAGAUAUUCCAAAGCCAAAGCAAAGUACUGGUAUAAUGGUUAUAGAGAAAAAGAAUACCUUACCGAUUGUGGAAAGUAAGAAAGCCAAUGAUGAAAAGAAAAAGACGGAAAAUAAUAUGUCUCGUCUUGAGGGUAGUUCUGAAAACAACACAAACACAUCUGAAAUAAAAGUAUCAUUCAACAAACCACUCUCUGGUGCUAAGCAUGAUAAAAUUAAUUCAGAGACGAAUGAUUCAAUCAAUGAUAAAGCUUCUGGGACUCUAAGUACGGUUGAUAGCGAUUCUACUAUUCUUAAAGAUUCUGCCCUUCUUAACGACACAGGUAAUUUGAAAAAAAUCACUGAGUCUGCUACAGUUACAACAUCUGUUGACAAGCAAGUAUCGUGUGAAAACGAGGAAGAAGCAUCCGAUGCCAAGCAUGAUGAUGCUGAUGUAACAUUAUCUGCCAAUAAAAGUAUUUCAAAGAAAAAUUUCCUUUCUUCAGUGAAAUCAGAAAACAAAGACGUUUCUUCCAAUACAAUUUCCUCAUCUGAAAAGAAGGACCAAAAGGCGGAUUCUGAUCUUAGGGCUGUCGUUCAAGAAGAGGAACAUAAGCAAAAGAAAAAUUUGGAGGAGAGAAAUAACAAGAAAGAGCCCAUAAAGAAAGUUGGUAUUGCGGACAAUGAAAGCCCUAAAAAAGAGAUCGAAUCCAGCAAAGACGAUGUUGAUAUGAAAAACACACCAUCAUCAUCUGAUGAUGAAGAGAUGGUUGAUGCUUCAUUGCCACCGGCUGAUCUUACACUACAAAAGCAGGGAAAUGUUUCCGAGUUGCAUGUAGCAGAAAAUCUGGUUCUGAAUAAGAUUGGCAAUGAUAAGCCGGAUGAGGAAAUUGAGCAAAAUAAGACAAAUCCUGCAGCAAAUACAGAAAGUAGAACUGACAUUGUUGAAGAAAGUUCUGAAAGUACACCAGGCGAAAAGAAUAUUACACAAGAAGAUGUCCCUAGGGCAACAACUAAAUCAGUAAAGCCCGAACAAAAAUCGGAAGGGCCCAAAAAGUCUGAUGUGUCUGAAAAGUCUGAAACGGUAGAUAAUGAUAGCAGUCCAGGUGAAAUCAAAAAAGAAACCAAAGAAGAGAAUGAACCGAAGAUGCAUACAAAGAAACAUUCUAGGUCAGCAUCGAGAGAUGCAGCAGUGCAAAGGGAACGAAAGAAAUUUCAAGCUCUUUCAGUACAGUUUCUUUCUCAAAUAUCAUCAAACAGAUUUGCAUCUAUGUUUCUUCAUCCGGUCAACGCCCAAGAGGAGCCCAAUUACUACGAAUUAAUCAAGAAGCCGGUUGAUUUGCGAACUCUUACGAAAGAUAUUAGGACUGGAGCUGUGACCUCGUUUGAAGACCUAGAGUUUUUGCUACAACUUAUGUUCAGCAAUGCGGUGAUGUACAACGACAUUAAACAGGAGGAAGUUUAUAAUGGAAUUAUUUCCAUGAUGGAGGAAUCUGAUCGGCUUUUAACAAUGUUCAAGGAAACAAUUGGAGGAAAUUCCGAUUAA